UUGCAAACAUCGGUUUCAAAAACAUUAAGGCUCGGCUGUACCUAACGAAAUCUCGAAUUUAAGAAUUCUAAUUACGUUUUGAAUAUUGAUGGGACACGAAUGAUGAAAAUCUUCCAAGGAAGUUCGUCUUCUGCUUUUUGUCGGAAACUAAGAAAAUCGCUGCUAUGAUAAUUAUUUAAUGAAUAAUUAGAAUUCUUGAAUUCGAGAUUUCGUUAGGUGCAGUCCAGCCUUAAUGUUUACUUACAAAAACAUCUCUAGCCAUCCGAAUCCAUCGAAACACUGUGCAAUAUGUAAAUGCCGGCUCCACAUAAAUAUUUUCAAUAAAUAUUAAUCAUUAAUAAAUAGUUAAUUAAUUACCAAUUGAUGAAUAAUUAAUUCAUAAUGUCUCAGUUAACAGAUAUUCAAGUCAAAAUAAAAACACAUAAUGUCUUGGAAAAUAUUAAUGAUAUGACAGAAAAAAUAAGAGAAAAAUUUGAAUCAAUCAACCAGUUGAUUAAAUCAAAAGGUCUGUUGGAAAAAUUAUCAAUCGAAGCCAAUAAUAAAUUAUCUCACCAAGCCCAACAGCUUGGAAAAAUAGUUGGUGCAUUAGAUAAUUUUGAGGAUGCUGAUCAAGAUAAUAAUCAGAAUUUUAUGUCGUCAAUUGAUGCAGUGACACAAAAAUUCAUGGAAAUUAUGGAGGAUGCGUGAUUUGAAUUAUAUCAAGUGUAAUACAUUUCAACCAUUUAUUAAUAUGUUAUUAAAUAUUUAUGGUACCUCAUUUCUUCUUCUAUAAAAAUAUUUAUAGUGAUAAUAGAUAAAUAAUUCUAUAAAGUGGUGAUUUAUAGUUUUGAUUCUGUCAACCAAUUAAAUUUUUGUGCUUUUCGAUCA